GUUAACAACUGACAAUCAGCAGUACAACUUGUUAAUACGCAUAACCGUAGAGCACGGGAAAAAGAAUAAUAAAAAUGAAAACUUUUAUGUUAUGCAUGUUCGCCAUCGUCCUGGGAGUUGCAGCUGAACCUGAAGCGGCUGCUGAGCCCCAAUACUAUCCGAAACCAGCCUAUCCAGCUCCUUACGGCCAGCAAUACAAAAGCGAGUACGACUAUUGCGACUCACGAAAGGCACCAAAGUGCGCUAAAACCGGCACUGAAACAUUUUGUCUUAAAGACACUGAAUAUCCAGAGAAAGAAGUCAAGUACGCCAUCGAUUACGACCCGUUGGUGUUGAAGAAAUACGCCGAUGUUGCUGAUCAAUCGGCCGAUAAUUUGGUCGAUGGACUGACCUCCUUGUCGGAGAAACAUUUCGACUAUUCCGAAUACCACGGCAAGACCUUUGAGAAGGGCAACUGGGUUGGGGGUGAAGGAUACAUCUGCCCUAGCGAUGUCGUUUAUGCUCGUCCACUCCGCGCAAUGAAUGUCGAUGGAGAAUGGCGGGUCAUCGUCCAAGAAAACGCCUGGCCCGGAUACACCCAAACCCACCGCGUCGAAAAUUGUUUGUUCCCCGGUGCAGCUUGUCGCACCCUGGCCCCUUGUUUCGGCAGCAAAUGUCUGCAAAAAUACGUUUACCAGCGGAUGCUUUCCUUCGAUCCCUGCGAUCCCCAGAAGGGAAUCUUCAUCGACAUCUACAAGUUGCCAUCGGCCUGCUCUUGCCACAUUCCCAGUCCACUGCAUUGAAUUAUUAAUCUUUCCGACUAAUAUCCUGCUGUCCUUAUGUCCUAUACUAUCUAUUUAACAUGCGUCGCACAUUAUUUGAAUUUUACUGAAGAUUGAGCUUUUAUAUAUUUACUUUCUUCUUUUGAUCUUAAUAAAGUAGAAAUGAAAAAAGAA